AUGUCUGACCAAUCCUCUUUCUUCGUCGACUUCAUGAUGGGUGGUGUCUCCGCCGCCGUCGCCAAGACCGGUGCCGCUCCAAUCGAGAGAGUCAAGCUUUUGAUCCAAAACCAGGACGAAAUGAUCAAGCAAGGUAGACUUUCCAGAAGAUACACCGGUAUCGGUGAAUGUUUCAAGAGAACCCUGGCUGAAGAGGGUCUUAUCUCGUUCUGGAAGGGUAACACCGCCAACGUCAUCAGAUACUUCCCAACUCAGGCCUUGAACUUUGCUUUCAAGGACAAGUUCAAGAAGAUGUUCGGUUUCAAGAAGGAGGAGGGCUACUGGAAAUGGUUUGCCGGUAACUUGGCUUCCGGUGGUCUUGCUGGUGCCACCUCCUUGCUGUUCGUCUACUCUUUGGACUUCGCCAGAACCAGAUUGGCCAACGACGCCAAGUCCGCUAAGGGAGGUGAGAGACAAUUCAACGGUUUGAUCGAUGUCUACAGAAAGACUCUUGCAUCCGACGGUAUUGCUGGUCUUUACAGAGGUUUCCUGCCAUCUGUCGUUGGUAUUGUUGUCUACAGAGGUCUCUACUUCGGUCUCUACGACUCUCUUAAGCCUGUUGUCCUGGUCGGCCCUCUUGAGGGUAACUUCCUUGCCUCUUUCCUCCUGGGUUGGACUGUCACCACCGCUGCUUCUACUGCUUCCUACCCAUUGGACACUGUCAGAAGAAGAAUGAUGAUGACCUCCGGUCAAGCCGUUAAGUACAAGGGCGCUUUCGAUGCUUUCACCAAGAUUGUUGCUGCUGAGGGUAUCAGAUCUCUGUUCAAGGGUUGCGGUGCUAACAUCUUGAGAGGUGUUGCCUCUGCUGGUGUCAUCUCCAUGUACGACCAGCUGCAAAUGAUCUUGCUCGGUAAGAAGUUCAAAUAA